GCCUGGAGGAAUGUUGUCCAUGGGGUUGCGAUGUGUCGGACGCUACUUCGCAACUAACAACAACAGCAAAGAGGAAUGUGAUAGGUAGAGCUACAUCUGGCAGUUAUUGUGCGCUCGUGAGUCUUUAUUCAAGAGUUACAUCACUACAUCUAAGACUCCUCCAAGGACCAAGAGUUCUUGACUGGGUAGCCUUGUGCUCAGCCAGCAGGGUUGCACUUCAAAAAACACGCGCAGAAACCGGUACAGACGGUCAUACCAGUGGACAGAGUCCUAUUGAAAGGACUUCCAAGUCUGGAAUCGGUGUGAAAAGUGUGAGGGGAGAAAAAGAGGUGCUUCAUAAAGGCAGAAAGCCCUCAGUUCUCAAGAACAGCAUCCUGAGAAGAAAGGUGUCUGCCCAUCUGGAUGUCCAAAAUCUGGGGAAGGGACAUGUGGCCAAGAAUGAAGAAGCGGCCAAAGCUGGGAAAAAGGUGUUGGCCAUUAAAAAAAUAGAGACCAACAGCACCACUGGCAAAUUAGAUGCUACUGGUCCUGGAACAAACAUCAGCUUCAACCAGGUGGGAGGUUUGAUCCAUGCCAUGAAAACACCAGUGAAGGGAGAUGUUGCCCCCCACAGGGCAAAGGCAAGAAAGGAAUAUGGCAUUGCACAUGGGAAUGUUACCAAGAUUCACACAAGAAAGGUGCCAAGUCCUUGGCGCAGAAAUGAAAGCCAGAAACUCUCUAGUCCUGCCCAGAAAAAUGCCACUCGGACAAAAGAAGGAAAAGAACUCAGACUUCUCCAUAGAAACACCAGCCAAGCAUUAUCGCAAAAGGAGAACCUGCCUCCCCGCAGGAACACUAGCAAGCCAUCAUCAGGAAAGGACCUGCACAGAAAUGCCAGCCACAAACCCCUGUGGAAGGAGCACAGCACCCUCACAAAGAGCAAAACUUGGGCACAGGGGACAAAAGAGUCCAGGCUUCCCCAGAAGAAAGACCAACAGGUCCUGUCAAGGAACAAGCAUGGCAUACCCUCCAUGAACACCACUUGGAUACUGCCGGGGCAAAAGCAGGCCAUCUUGCAGAAGAAUGUCAGCCAGGCGAAGACAAAUAAGAGGCCCUCUGUCAUCCACAGAAAUGUCAACCAGGCACUGCCAGGGAAAAAAUCUGGUGCCUCACAUGGGAAUACCAGCUGGGCUGAAGCCAGGACAGAACACAUUCUUUCCUAUAAGAACGCUAGCCAGUUAUUGCCAGAGGAAAAGCUCACUACUUCCCAGAGGAAUGCCACUCGGGCACUGCCAGGAAAGGGGCACAGAUUGCAGCAAAAGAACAUCAGCUGGGCAGAGGAGAAUAAGGAGCAGAGACCUUCCCACAAGAAUGCCAGUUGGGUAGUGCCAAGGAAGGAGCCCAGUUCUUCCCAGAGAAAUGUCAAGUGGGUCUUGGUGAGAACAGAGUCUGCUCCACUGCACAGGAACGGCAGCCAGGCAAGAACAGGGCUUAUGCCCAGCCUCCCUUUCAGGAAUGCUACCCAAAAAGAGAGCUCAAAGGAACAAAGGCCAUCUGGCAGGAAGUUCACCCAAGUGGGAGCAGGCUCACCAAGAUGGCGUCCUGCAGUACCCAGAGAAAGGGUUGAGCCCAUCAUGCCUUCCCUGCCGACGACAUGCCUGCUUUCGGAACAUGCCAUUGCAUGUGGCAACACCUGCCUGAAGCACGUGCCCAGACUGAGCGACUCUUCCCUCAAAUCCCUCUACCUGGCAGAAAAUGAGAUUGCUCACAUCCCAGCUGGGGUUUUCUCAGGAUUGCCCAAUCUAGAAUGGCUGGAUCUCAGCAAAAACAAGUUAGAUUCUGCAGGCCUGCACCCAGAAGCAUUCAAGAAUCUCACCAAACUGAAACGUCUAAAUCUGGAUGGGAACCAGCUCACUACCAUCCCAGCCUUACCGAGCUCAUUACAGGAACUAAAGAUGAAUGACAAUAAUUUAGAAGGGCUGCAGAGACAUAGCUUCAGAGGCCUUUCCAAGCUGCUCACCCUGGAGCUGGAAGGCAACCAGCUGCACGAUGGGAAUGUGAUCCCUACCACCUUCAAGCCCCUGAGCAGACUGAUCUACCUGCGACUGGACCAGAACCAUUUUCGGGCUGUCCCUUCAGGUUUGCCUGCAUCUUUGCAGGAGCUGCACCUAGACUCAAAUCGCAUCGAAGAGGUAACUGAGGGUGUCCUCAACAAGACCCUGAACCUCACUGUGCUGGUUCUGAGCAACAACAAGUUGCAAGAGGAUCGCAUUGCUCCACGUGCCUGGAUAGACCUCCUGAAGCUGGAGUCGUUGGAUCUGUCCCACAACCGCCUCGCACUGGUGCCCUCUUUUCUGCCCAGGCACCUGAAGCAGCUGACCCUGCAUCACAACCGCAUAGAACGUAUCCCUGGCUAUGUCUUUGCCCACAUGAAGCCCGGCCUGGAAUUUCUUCACCUGUCCCACAAUGUGCUGCGGGACGAUGGCAUCCAUGCAGUUUCCUUCUUCGGGCUCUACCGCUCCCUUGCUGAACUUCUCUUGGACAACAACCAGCUGCAGGCCAUUCCCCGCGGCAUCCUGAAUUUAAAGGGGCUGCAGGUUCUGCGGCUGAGCCACAAUCGCAUCAGGCACAUCCCGCUGAACUCCGUCUGUGACACUCGAGUGGCAGAGGAUUCGAGUAUUAUCUCCAUGCACCUGGAGAACAACCUGAUUGACCGCCGCCGCAUCCCACCCACAGCCUUUUCCUGCAUCAAAGCGUAUCACAGUGUGGUGUUGCGGCCACAGCAGAACGAAGACGACUACUAA